AUGAAUCGGUCGAUGAGUAUUGAAAUCAGUAAAGACGUUGCAGCAGUUUCAUCAGAAAGCAGUGUGCAAAAGAAUCGUAUAUUAGCUGAUGAUGAAGAGUUUUAUUGGAAUAAAUAUGGGCAACCUUUGUUUAAUAGUCAUAGUACCUUCAAAACAACUUCCUCUUCCAAAACUUUGACUAAAUCACUACUGGAUGAGAACGGAAGUUCUGAGGAUGUUCACACGUCAUCAUUUAAUAAUAACGGAUUAGAAACAGUACGAUUCGACAAGACAGACAAUGGUAAAGGUGAUGAUCACAACGGCAAUACUAUAGGAACUAUUCUAUUGACAUCAUUUCCACCGCCAAUUGACGAACCUGCACAGGUUGAUGGAAUACAACACCAAGAGACCCCCAAAAAAGAGACUGAAAAAUUAAUGAUCUCAACAGCCUCUUCCAUUACUACUGAUGCGUCGUCGUCAUCAUCAUCGGUGCAAAAAGAAGCACAAAAUAAUGAAAUUCAAACACUUAUUUCUGACGCUGUUAAAUCAGUAUAUGGAAUGGCAAAGUUAAAUGGAAUAUCCAAAGAGAAAUUCCUAGAGUUGGUGUGGGAUGCAGUAAUGAAGGAAUGA